CAGCCGACAGGGGCAGACAACCGCGCCGAAAAACCGAUACGGAUUACGCCCGACGGACACUUUCACGAUGGCCCACCAGAAGUUCCAUGAAGCCGAUUGACCUGAAGGCCUAAAAACAAUACGAAGUUGAACUGGAGGUGGACUGUGUGGAUUCUCUAUAAUGUAGACGCGCUUUAAAUUUCAACAAAGAUGACACAGCUCCGCUGGAGCGAGGUCGAGGAGUGGCUGGACGCUCACCCAGACCUCUUCCAGGACUACUUUCUAAGGAAGGUGGAACUGGCGUCGAUCAAUUCUUGGCUAGUAUCCCACGGUUUUCUCACUAUUCAAGAUUACACGAGACGCGGAUCCGGCAGCCCUCAACCCGAGGAGACGCAGCACAGGCGGUCGUCUUCAAAACGCUGCUUGAGGCAUGAAUUCGCCAGGGCAAAGUCUCGCUCGGUAUUCAGGACCCACGAGGUGAUGGGACCUCCUAGGGAAAUGCAGGCAACAAGACGAUCUUCCCUAAAGGACAUGAGGAAGUAUUGCUCCCUUCCGCCUAAUUCGAUACACAUGCUUUCCCUUCUCAUCGAGUCGAAAGUACGACUGCCCGAUGCGGGCCCUACACAUUCCAGGUCUGCAAAGAAGGAAUUGCUCCGCCAGCAAGGAGAACGCCAGUUUUUCCUAUCUUCGGUGAGAGACAUCGCGACCGACCUGGACCUGAAAUCCCUCUCGCGUAAAACGGUCGACAACCUGGCCGUUCUACUCGACUCAGACGGAGCAUCUCUCUUCCUGGUCGAAGGUCCCAAAGGCAAAAGGGUUCUCGUAAGCAAAGUCUUCGACGUCCACUCGGGCGCAGGCAGAUUCCUCCUUCCGACGAACUACAGCUCCGGCGACAACGAAGUACAAGUGCCCUGGGGAGUUGGCGUGCUCGGGCAUGUCGCGGAAACUGGGGAAACCGUACGUCUCCAAGUAGCUUGCGAGGACCCGCGUUUCGAUGAUGAAGUCGACAGGAUAACCGGAUAUCAUACCGAGUCCCUUCUCUGUAUGGCAGUCAGAAACGCACACGAUGAAAUCAUCGCAGUGGCACAGGUCAUCAACAAGAACCCGGAGAAGGAUGAUGGACAUUUCACAACAAAAGACGAAAAGGUUUUCGAGACAUAUCUUCAAUUCGUCGGCAUUGCUCUGACGAACGCCCAAAUCGUUGAAACAUCCAGACAAGAAUUCGAAAGAAAUAGGAAUUUGCUCGAGGUGGUUCAUGACUUGUUCGAAGAGCAGACCUCCUUGGAAAAGGUGAUAUUGAAGAUAAUGCAAAGGGCUCAAAGGCUGCUGAAAUGUGAAAGGGCUGCCGUUUUGCUCGUUGACGAAAGUUCCAAAAGUGGUGUUCAAUUUUCUAAAUUGUUCGAGCUGUCUUCGCCAGUCAAUGGCCACAUCAACAACAAGAAGCGGCUGCAGGGAGAAGGUUCGGCCUUUUCGCAGUAUUUACUAGGACUUGCAGAAAGGGUGGCCGAGUCGGGAGAAGUCGUCAAUGUCGCCGAGUCGCUGGAAGUGGAACCUAGAUCGUCGCCGAGCGUCAAAUCGCUCUUGGCCAUGCCGAUCAGAAACAGCAAUUAUCAAAUUAUCGGUGUCGCGACGAUAAUCAAUAAGCUGACUGGGGACCCAUUCGACGAGAACGACGAACAGCUUUUUGAGGCUUUCACCAUUUUCUGCGGGCUUGGCAUUCACAACACCAUCAUGUACAACGAAGUCGAAAAAGCUAUGGCGAGACAAAAGGUGACGAUCGAGGUCCUUUCCUACCACGCGACCGCGUCCAACAAAGAAGUUGAAGCACUCAUGGAACUACCUGUACCUGCAGCCGAUGAACUUAACCUCUACUCGCUCUCUUUCGACGACUUCUCCCUGUCGGAUAACGAAAUGCUCCUGGCCUCGGUUAGCAUGUUUAUCGAGCUGGGACUCGUCAAAAAGUUCAACAUAGACAGGGAGACGUUGUACAGGUUUUUGCUGACCGUCAAACGGAAUUACAGGGACGUUCCAUACCACAAUUGGAAACAUGCUUUCAACGUCGCACAAGUCAUGUUUGCAAUACUUAUGGGCUGUGAAAUGAAAGGGACUUUUAGUGAUUUAGAGGUGCUAGGAAUGUUCGUCGGAUGUCUGUGCCAUGAUUUGGACCACCGAGGUACAAAUAAUGCGUAUCAACAAAAAGCUGGAUCGGCGUUAGUGCUACUUUACGGAACUGCGAAUACGAUGGAACAUCAUCAUUUCAAUCAUGCUGUCAUGAUUCUAAGCAGUGAGAAUUUAAAUAUAUUUAAGAAUCUAUCUGCUGAGCAUUACUCGAUCGUCAUGAACGUAUUGAAAAACAGUAUACUGGCGACUGAUCUCUCGACGUAUUUCCAGAACAGGUUAAAAUUCUUCAAGCUCGUCGAGUCAAGAGAAUACUCGUGGGGUUUGGAAGAACACCGGGAGCUCCUGCGGUCAAUGCUGAUGACGGCGUCGGACCUCGGUGCGUCCUGCAAACCGUGGUCUGUUCAACAGGCGGCCGCAUCUCUCAUCGCUGCUGAAUUCAUCUCGCAAGGUGACAAAGAAAGAGCAGAGCUAAACCUCCAGCCGACCCCACUGAUGGACAGGGAACGGGCACAUGAGCUGCCGAAACUGCAGUUCAAGUGGAUUGCAGAUAUUUGCCUUCCGCUUUAUCAGUCCCUUGGCCAGAUGAAUCCGAAGCUGAACGUCAUGACUGAAGGUGCCUUGGAGAAUAUAAAACAUUGGUCUCUGCUCGCCGGACUCCAGGAAAACGGCGACACCAUCGAGCCAUAGCAGUCUUCUUCGUCACCAGGAUAAAAAUAUUUUCUGUAUACGUUCCAACUAGUCGUCUCUUUGACAAAUGACACUUUCAAUAUAUUUUGAUGAGAUAUUUUAGUUAGUCGUAGACCGGGUUAGUCGAGAUGUUUCAUAUAGAUUGAUAGUAUUUGGGUAAAUUCUUUUAAAUUUAAACCGUAGUAUUAUAUACCUCUUGAAAAGGUAUAUAAAAAAAUGCCUCUCUAAUUUUUUUAUUCUCUAAAAACAUUUUUAAAGUUAUAUUUUUAAUUCAUAUUGCAUCUUUCAGCUCGAAAAGGGCAAAUAAUAAAUUUUUUAACUAUAUAUAAACAAAAUUAUAUAGCUAUGUAAUUCACCACCAUUAAAAAAGGGGAUCAAAAUCCGUAAAGUAAGAUUUAAAAGUUGAAACGUUACUUAUUUUUAGGGCCUACAAUAAAAAUAAAGAAGGUGUGGUAUUAUUUUUGAAAAUUGCACGAAGCAGAUAGGUCAGAGAUUAAUAAAAUAUAAAGGAAAAAUUUAUGUUAAUUCGUUUUGAAUAUGAGAUCGCCAUCGAUCAACUGGAAUUAGACAAUAUAUUUAAAUAGCCGGCGGAUUUGUCACCCGAUUAAUCAGAACGUCAUCGACUUGGCGUUAACGCCGUCAAGUAGAUUAUCCCUCCUGCCCGGUAAAAGCGCCAACAGGCGGACCCACUAUGAUUAAAACCGCAAGAAACAAUUUGCAGUCAGUUACUCGGCUAAAUGAAGGCCUUAGAAGUGCAAAUUAAUGUUUCACAAAUCUGAUCAGAAUUAUAGUGCCAUAAACUUCUGGUUUUUAAUAUGACUCACAAAAGUAGAUUUGUUUAAUUUAGCAGACUGAAACAUAUGAUCGAUUAUUAUGAACUUACGGUCAAUUGAGUGGUGAAUUGAGUUUUGACGCAGAUCGCUCAACUCUGUCGCAAGGUGAAAAUUGCUAUUUUAAAAUGUCAAUAUUAGAAGGUAGUGAGUGGUUUUUAAAAAGUCUGUUUACUGUGAUUAACUUUUA